AGCAUGUGAAUCCUAGUUUCCAUAUGAAAGCGAACAUAUUUUAUAGUAAUAUUAAAUAGUUAGUAAUUUUUAGCUUCAAGCUCAAGACACUCUGUGAAACUCAGAUGAGAUGGCUUAGAACUUAGAAGGUGUCCUCAUGCACGGAAGAAUCUGACUUAAAGCUAAAAAUGAGAUAUUAUACAUAAGUGGAAAGAAAUGGAUGAAAGGAUUAUAUAGCUACUGCAAUUCCAUUGCAAACUGUAUUAAUCCGUAUUAUCUGCAGUAAUACCGCAAGAUUGUAUGGAUAUAAUAAUAAAACCUCAAAUCCGUUAAGACCCUAAUAAAUUAUGCUUAUCAUUCCCCGCUAGAAGAACGAUUGGAUAAAUACGAGAAUUCCGUAUCCUAAAAUAAUCACCGUAAAUAUUUGCUAUGCCUGUCUCUACAACUGUACCCCUUCUUUUUCUAAGUAUUGUUGGUGUUAUAGGUGAUUGCCGAUCAAUUUAAAAUACCUGAGUACUAGUUAAAAAUGCCAAAGCAGCUCUCAAAUUGACGCAGUUCUUUCUCUUUCUUCCUUUCCUUCUUCUUCCAUUCUUUGUCCCUGUCUGGUAUAUGGGCAAUCACGCUUGGCAGAACUACUCACUCGCAAUACUUUAACCAAGAGCAAAGGACCUACGGACCACUCUGAAUCUGACGAAUAGAAUAGUCGCCUAAACUGUUAAAACUGGAGUUAUUUGCGUUCAUAAUGAGAGCAACAGAAAAAUUCAUUUUUUGGCGUCGCCCCGUAGCUGUGAGCCUCUCUCCUCCUAUCUCUAGUCUUCAUGAUCGUAUUAAGUAACCUUAACGGGGCUCCUACAAUCACGAGAACCAUCUGCUGAGGUAACGGGGGGGUGAAAAGGAAACGAGGGUGGGUUGGGGCUAGAUUAUCGCUUAUCGAUCUAGAAGUAAAUCGUUUCUUAUUUUGGUACUCAGCAAGGGAUCAUUUAGUAUUUUUCUCCUCUUGUUACUGUUCGUCGAUAUUGUGUUGUUGAAUUGUUGUUGGUGUGAUAGUUCUUGAGUGCCUUUUUCAUCAAGGCUGAUAAUGGACAAUAAAGGGUCAUACGCGACCAUUUUAAUUACGGAUGCAGUGAUGAUGAAGUCAACAAUAGUGUGGAGCAAAAUACAUUGGGCGAAUGGUUUUCAAGUUACGUGUUACUGGGGCAGUUGGUCGAUUUACAGACCGGACUAUGGUAGAUUCACGACAGACAACUUGGACCCCAAGCUAUGUACGACAAUAGUUUAUGCUUUUGCCGGGCUUGACUUAGACCUUGAGAUCACCUCAUUGGAUCCGAAAGCCGAUAUUACUGAAGGAGGAUACUCAAAAGUUAUAGCGCUCAAAGAGGAAAACCCUUGCUUAAAAGUGAUUUUGGCUGUUGGAGGAUCGAACGAGAAGUCUAGAAAGUACUCAGUCAUGGCGCAUACAGUCGAAGGUCGAACAGCUUUUGCUAACAGCGUUCUAAAGUUUCUCGCCUACUAUGGUUUUGAUGGUGUAGAUUUAGACUGGGAAUAUCCGACGCUUCGUGGAGGUAUCAAGGACGACUAUAAUAACUUUCCACUGGUAUUACAAACUUUGAAACAAACGCUUGAGCCUUGGGGGUACGUCGUUUCUAUAGCUGUCUCCAUGUCAGAAUCGAUAAUCAGGGAUACGUAUGACAUACAAGAUAUCGCAAGGUCCGUAGAUUACGUGUACUUAAUGGCAUACGAUCAUGUGAGUGCGUCGUCACCUAAGACUGACCUAUCUGCACCUAUGUCCGAAUUUACCAAAGCUGUUAAUCUAUGGUUAGAGAACGGACUACCAGCGGACAAACUGUUUUUAGGCAUACCAUUUUACGGCCGCUCCUUCAUAUUGGAAGAUCCAACAAAGAACGGUAUUGGGGCUCCUGUAACAGGUCCUGGAGACCCCGGUGCAUUUUCAGGGGAACACGGAUUUCUAGCAUAUUACGAGAUUUUAGGAGAACUGAUGGUUGGAGAAUAUGAAACAAAAGAAGAAGAUGGUACUAUCUACUCGUACAACGAGGAUCUGUGGAUCACGUACGAUAACGAGGCCUCCGUGAAAAAUAAGACACACUGGGCUAUCGCAAAAGGACUCAAAGGCGUGAUGAUAUGGUCCAUGGAAAACGACGACUUUGGGGGCCAAUUUGGAAAUCGUUAUCCUCUUCUCAACGCAAUGAACUCGGCUAUAAAGGAAAGCAAGUUGUACAGGAAACGAAACACUAAUUAAUAAAAAGCUAUAUUUGCUCUUACUUACUAGUUUCAGUCGUUAAUACAUUUUUACACUCUUCUACCUUCCAAUUAAUUUUAAAAAAUAAAUACCUACAAAUUAUGACAUAAAUUACCUAUGAUACACAUGUAAUAUGCCGUAACU